AUGGUUGUGCCUAUUCUCAAAGAUAAAACUGGCGAUGUUUCUAGUAAGUCCAACUAUCGGCCCAUCUCGCUCGCUGCUGUGCUGGCUAAGUCGUACAGGUUGGAGUGUGGGGUGAGGCAGGGGGGUAUAACCUCCCCCAAGCUCUUCAACCUGUACGUUAACGACCUGAUCGAGGGGUUGAGCAGCACUCCAGUGGGAUGCAGAGUUGAUGAUGUUAGUAUCAACAACAUCAGCUACGCAGACGAUAUGGUGCUGCUCAGUCCAACGGUCAGGGCAUUGAGAAAACUACUAAGCAUAUGUGAAGAGUACGUAAGUAAACAUGGCUUACGGUAUAACGCUAAGAAAAGCGAAUAUAUGGUAUUUAAGGCCGUCGGGGGCAAGCUACCGGAAAGUGUACCUGACAUAAAACUUAAUAAUAAUAUACUCGAGCGCGUGUACACAUUUACGUAUCUUGGACACUAUGUCACCGACGACCUUAAAGACCAAUUAGAUAUAGAAAGGGAGCGUAGGGCACUGGCAGUCCGAUGCAACAUACAAAUAAGGAGGUUUGCACGAUGUAGCCAACAGGUAAAAGUAACGUUAUUUAAAGCCUAUUGUCAGGUGUUCUACACGUGCAGCCUCUGGACUAGUUAUACGCAGAAGACCAUCAGUUCCCUGCGCGUCCAAUAUAAUAAUGGUUUCAGGAUGUUGUUGGGGCUGUCCCGUUUCUGCAGCGCAUCGGGCAUGUUUGCGCAAGCUCACACGGAUGACUACUAUGCCAUAAUACGCAAGAGAAUUGCCUCGUUGCUCUGCAGAGUGCGGGCCAGCUCCAACCCCAUCCUGACCACUGUUGGCGUUUGCGUGCGGGCGGCAAAGGCGACCGGCUGCCCGCCCUGCAGCAAGCACGCGCCCAGCCCUCGCGAACUCGCAUCUACCGACACCACUACCCCCUCCCCGGGGUCAUAG